AGUAGUCGCCGGAAGUGACAGUGCGGGGCUGUUUGGGGUUUGGAUUUCCUCUUCCGGGUGCUUCGUGAGCGCUUUCUGGUGUUACUUUCCGUUGCUCAGUGGCAGCUGUGGGUGACCUCGCUCCGAGAGGGGCACGUCCGUGUUGUUGCAGGUACCUUGGUUGAGACCAUGACCAGGUGGGCACGAACCAACACAGCACAUAAUAAGAGGGCUUUGAAAGCAACAUCAUGGGAAGAUAUGAAGGAGGGCUCUACAGAGAGAGAGACCCGAAAUCUACAAAAGGAUAAACACUUUCAUUCUAGUGGUCUCUCCCUUAAGAAUGAUGCACCCCAAUCAAAAAACAAAAAGAAAACAUCUUACACCAAUCAAGAUGUAAAUGGCUUCAUGGAAUAUCUAAGACAGAAUGGGAAGGUGACAGCAGCAGAUAGCCUGGAAAUAAGAGAAGAAAUAGCAACUGCCCUCAAAAAAGAUAGUCGCCGAGAAGGAAGGAGAUUGAAGAGACAAAAAAUAAAGAAAAAUGCCCAGGUUUGUUAUCAUUGCAGAAAGCAAGGCCAUGGAGUUGCAGACUGCCCUGCUGUCCUCGAGAGUCAAGAUAUGGGCACUGGAAUCUGCUACCGAUGUGGGUCCACUGAACAUGAAAUAACCAAAUGCAAAGCCAAAGUAGAUCCAGCUAUGGGAGAAUUUCCUUUUGCAAAAUGUUUCAUUUGUGGAGAGAUGGGACACCUGUCUAGAUCUUGUCCUGAUAAUCCUAAAGGACUUUAUGCUGAAGGUGGUGGUUGUAGACUUUGUGGUUCUGUGGAACAUUUUAAGAAAGAUUGCCCUGAAAAUCAGAAUUCAGAUAACAUGGUCACAGUUGGUCGUUGGACUGAAGGGAUGAGUGCAGAUUAUGAAGAAAUUUUGAAGGCUCCUAUACCACAAAAACCGAAAAAAUUAGUAGCCAAGGUUGUUAACUUUUGAUAGCAGACAGAUAUAACACCUUAUAGUUUUAUAGUUUGAGAACAGUCUGAAUGUGACAGAAUUCCUUUUCUGGAGUUUUGUGGACUGAAACACUCAUGAAACACUCAAAAACAAGCAUUUGAUGCUUAAAUUGGUAUUCUGGGGGAAACCUAGUUCUUAACAAAACAGCACCUGCAAAGCAUGAAUGAUAUCAGUUGAUAAGAAUCUUGCUUUCUCAAAAAUAAUAAAAUAAUUUGAACAGUCAAAAAAACAAGACCUUCUGCAUAUGGAGGUGAGCUUUUUAUAUUUUUAUAAAAGUUACAUUUCUUUAUGUAAUUUAUUUGAGUACAAUGGUAUUUUAAGAGCUCAGAUUUUUUUAGUAUCCUAAAAUUUAUUCUGCUUUUGAAUAUUUAAUAAAAAUGACUCUUCCUAUUUUGUACCUGUUGCCUUAAAACAUCAUUCCCAACUAAAUUUGCUCUUCAUCUGUUUGCCUAUGUCAUUGCAUUCUGUGUCUUUGGAAACAAGAUUCUUCACAAAAAUGGAAAUUGAUCCCUUUUGGAAAAGGGGGAGGGAUUAUUACUUCUAUUUUGGUUUUACUUAGAGGCACAGAAUCAUAAUUAACUUAAACAGAACUGAAGUCUACUAGCAUCUGUCCCCAUUGCUCCUUGUCCUUGAUUUUGGUGAGAGAAAUUCUAGCAAAGGUCCAGGUGGACAGUUUUUUGUUGUAUGGAGCAAAUGGAGUAUAAAACUGAGCAGUGUGAGCAUGUAUUUAGAUGAGUCAGGGUGAGAUGGAAGCAACGCCAUGAUGGAGUUAGAACACUAAUCAGGGAGACAUUAGAUCCUUUGUUUUAUUUGAUGAAUACAUGCAUACUUAAUAUAUACAUUUCACAAGACAUAACUCUGCUAUUGUACUGUAUAAUAGAGUGACUCGGGUGUAUUGUGUAUUUCAUUUGAGAUUUUUACCUGAUUGGAUACAUUUAUAACUAAAGGAAACAGCUGUGAUUAGUUACUGCAGCUUUGCUAGCAAAAUAUUUACCAAAUAAAAAAAGAGAUACUUUUCA